CGCAACCACAUGAGAUAAUCUCUCGUAUACUUAUAUAUUGAGAGGUCUUUCAAAUGCCACAGUGAGAAAAUGCCGCGUCAACUCAACAUCAUCAUCGCCGGAGGAGGCAUCAGUGGGGCCACAGCAGCCCUAUUCUUAUCUCAUUUGAAUGCAAACAUUGUAGUACUCGAGAGUCGCCCUGGUCGUACGACGUCGAUCGAAGGCGGGAUCGUAAUGCUCGGGCCGAACGGGAUGCACGUUCUUCAAGGGCUUGGAUUAGCGGAAACCCUUCAUCACCGGCCCAAUGGCAUCCAGGUUCCGUGGUUGCAUAUGUUUGAGUCGUCCGGUGGCCUGUUGGGCAAAGUCCCUCAAGGUUCUGUGGAGCGUUAUGGUUUUGCUUCUACGAUGAUCACGCGAUGGGACAUCCAGGAAGUAUUGCUGGACGCCAUGGAGAAGAAGAGAUUGUCCAUAGAAUGGAACGCUAAGGUUGAAGAUGUCGAAGAGCUUUCUGACGGAGUCGUUGUUCGCUGGCGUGAAGGGAGCGUGGAGAAAGAAAGGAAGGUGGACCUUUUAGUUGGCGCUGAUGGUAUCUGGAGUAUUGUUAGGUCGAAGAUGUAUGCCGCCUUGAAUGAACCUGCGCCCAAGCCCAGGUAUAGCGGGUUGGUAGGGGUGGGAGGAGUGAUCGACACAUCGUCUGUGCCUGGUCUUGCACAAUAUCUGACACUCGAAAGGCCGGUCGUAAUGGUUCAUGGACGUCUCGGUUUUUUCGGAAUGGCUCUAUUUGACAGGAAGGAAAAAUAUGCUGGAUGGUGGACAACGUACGAAGCCAGCGAUCGUUCCAAAGAAGAAUGGAAGGUACCAAAGGACCAAAUUUACGGGGAGAUUCUUCGCCGUUAUUCAGACUGGGCGUUCCCAAUUCCUCAGAUAAUCAAUGCAGCAGAGGCCGUUGAUGCAGCACCAUUUGUCUGGCCAGUAUACGAAGUUGAGAACCUACAGCACUGGUGCAGCAAGUCCGUCGUGUUAGUGGGAGAUGCUGCUCAUGCGAUGCCACCACACUCAGGUCAAGGAGCAUCUCAGGGCCUUGAGGACGCUGCCUAUCUGGCAUAUCUCCUCCAGCAACACCAGCUAAACCCAUCUUCGGAUCUGAAGGAUGUACUCACACAAUUCCAAAGGGAUCGGCAGCCUCGAGUUAACGAGAUCGUUACUGAGGCUAACCGCCGCGGAGACCAGAAACGGGAAAUAAGUGCUUUCGGGAUGUUCAUGAAAAAAUGGGGAAUGAGAAUCGUAUUCUACUUCAUGAAGGAGAGCUGGAUGGACGGAUGGUUUGGGUAUAAAGUGCCUGGAAUCGAAGACUGGACCAAUAUAGGUCAAAGCAGGCAAUCCACCAGCUGAUGCAUCUCGUGUUGGAUCCAUCCUAUGUACAUGGGCAUCGGGGUGUCUGUGUGCAUAUUAUUGAUUUCUAGACCCUGCCGCUUGCAAGCCCCGGAGGUGGCUUAGACAGCAGCGCCUGUCAAAGGUCGAACUCGUUCAAGAUGAUUUGAUCGACCUGCGUCCAUUUCUAAAAGUUCAGGCCGGUUGACUUGACAGGUCUUCUCGAAUCUCGACCCUAUAAAUCUCGAGGCUCUCAGAGCGUUGACGGUUUUCUUCAACGAACCGGUGACGUCUCGAUAAAUGAAAGAAGAGCCUGACGCAACACUGGUCUGACAUGGAGGGUGCCUCCUCAGUGGAGUACUUUGUUAUUUCUUGGUCGCGAACGAAGGAAAGCAUUCGGAAUCGGUGGGACCGUGUGAAAUUUACUAGCACUGACACCAACGA